AUGAAGCUGGCGUCGGAGAGAGCGGUGGUGAUCUUCAGCCUGAGCUCCUGCUGCAUGUGCCACACUGUGGCGCGGCUCUUCUGCGACCUGGGUGUCAAUGCACUGGUGCACGAGCUCGACCAAGACCCCAAGGGAAAGGAGAUGGAGAGAGCUCUCCUCAAGAUGCUCGGGAAAGGCCCGUCUGUUCCGGUGGUGUUCAUCGGCGGGAAGCUUGUCGGCGGGACAAACAGGGUCAUGUCCAUGCAUCUCAGCGGCGAGCUGGUCCCAAUGCUGAGGAAUAAUUUUGUCAAAGAGUGUCAAGUAUAUGCAUUUCCUUAG